UUCGGUUGUCGCCCUGUCUACACAUCUUGGGACGCAGAGGCACUACAGACUGCUCAAUGUGUCGAUAAGGAGACUAUUUACAUGAUACUCAGCAUCGCUAACAUCAUUAUGGACGUGGUCAUGUUGUUGCUUCCCCUGAAGAUCGUCAUUCCACUUCAGAUGGCUAGAAGGCAGAAGGCUUCUGUCAUCUUACUCUUCGCCACUGGCAUCUUUGUCUGCGCAUCGGCGAUCAAACGGACAAUCAUCCUCCCGCCACUGCUGAAGAGUGCCAAUUACAGCUGGGAGGUAGCCGAAAACUUCAACUGGUCCUUUCUCGAGGCAAAUGCCGGAAUUGUGUGUGCCUCGGUUCCUGGAUUGCAGCCCUUCUUUGUUCGAUACCUGCCAAGCUUCAUUUCUUCACGGAUCACCGGCUCAGAUGACAAGAGCGGAAAGAAGUCAUUGCCAUACUCAACGGUCAUCGAGAACAACAGGAAGAGACGCAACUUACAGUCCGAAUCGUACGAACUACAGUCACACGAAGAUAUUCCAGAAGGGAGUUGA